GUUGUAGCUUGUGGUGGGGAACAGUGUGCUGCAGUCAGUUGCAUGAAGUUUAUAUGUUAAAUACCAACCAAGGGUUUCAUAUAAUUUACUGCAAACCGUAACAAGAGGGAAAAUGAACAGUAGGCUUCAAGAGAUCCGGGAGAGGCAAAAACUUAGACGGCAACUUUUAGCUCAACAGUUAGGAGCUGAGAGCGCAGACAGCAUUGGAGCUGUGCUGCACAGCAAGGAUGAGCUCAAGGAGAUAGAGGAGACCAGAGAAACCUGCAGGUCUUCAUAUGACAGCUCAGUUCCCCCUUCCAAAAAGAAGCCACCGACAGAGGGAGAGGAAACAGAGGAAGAUGUGGAAGAACAAAAAGUGCGGGAUGAAGUGGAAGUGCCGCCGCCCGAUGAGAACAACCCAUAUGAAGAGGUGUACAAGGACUCCAGCACUUUCCUCAAGGGCACCCAGAGUUUGAACCCUCAUAACGACUACUGUCAGCACUUUGUGGACACGGGGCAUCGGCCGCAGAACUUCAUCAGGGAUGUCGGUCUGGCUGACCGAUUUGAGGAGUAUCCUAAACUCCGAGAGUUGAUCAGACUGAAAGAUGAACUCAUAUCCACCACCAACACCCCCCCCAUGUAUCUUCAGGCUGAUCUGGAGAAUUUUGACCUGCGGGAUUUAAAGUGCCAGUUUGAUGUGAUUCUGCUUGAGCCUCCGUUAGAGGAAUACUACCGAGAGUCAGGCAUCAGCAACACUGAACGCUUUUGGACCUGGGAUGAUAUAAUGAGACUGGAGAUUGAGGAGAUAUCAGCUUUACGUUCCUUCGUCUUUCUCUGGUGUGGCUCUGGAGAAGGACUGGACUUGGGCAGAAUGUGCCUCAGGAAGUGGGGUUUCCGGAGGUGUGAGGACAUCUGCUGGAUCAAGACCAACAAGAAUAACCCGGGCAAGACCAAAGCACUGGAUCCAAAAGCAGUGUUCCAGAGCACCAAGGAGCACUGCUUGAUGGGAAUCAAGGGAACGGUGCACAGGAGCACUGACGGGGACUUCAUCCAUGCCAAUGUGGACAUUGACUUGAUCAUCACUGAGGAGCCGGAAAUGGGAAAUGUGGAGAAGCCGGUGGAAAUCUUCCACAUCAUUGAGCACUUCUGUUUGGCCCGCAGGAGGCUGCACCUGUUCGGAAGAGACUCAACAAUCAGACCAGGAUGGCUGACAGUUGGUCCGACCUUGACGAACACCAACUUUAACCCAGAGACCUAUGUCUCGCAUUUCACCAUGCCUGACACGUAUCUAUCCGGCUGCACGGAGGAAAUAGAGAGGCUGCGACCCAAAUCCCCUGUGAAGAUGAAGUCGGACCGCGGCGGCGGCGCCCCGAGAGGAGGACGUGGAGGGCCAAACUCUGGCAGAGGCGGAGACAGAGGCAGAGAAAGAAACCGCCCAAAUUUCCGGGGGGAUAGAGGAGGGUUCAGAGGAAGGGGAGGGCCACAUCGCGGGUUUCAACCUCGCUAGAGCAACAAACUCAUUCCUGCCAGACUGAAAGUAUCAAACACAAGCUCAUAUUUUGUUUUAAGUUGUUUUGGAUAGUACGUUGCAGCUGAAAAGCUAGCAAGUGUGACCAGUCUUUUUCUUAUUUUUUUUUUUUUUAAUGAUUUAAUAUGUGAUAAUUUUUUCAUGACUAUACAUUGAAUUGUACUGUACAUGUAUUGUCAGAAUAAACUCUUUCUGAUA